ACAUCUGUCACUUCUGUUCCAAAAACGUUUCAGCCCUUUCUUCUCUCUCUAAUUCUUGAUCUUUCGUCGUCAUAAAACUUAUCUUCCUUGUUCAUUUUGUUGCACCAAAUAAUUCUCCUUUAUUCAUAUCUAUUCACUCUUAUUUUUUCUUCCCAAAAAGAAAAAGAAACCGUCAUCCGUUUCUCAUUCCGUAAUCUGCAGUUUCAUGAUCAAGAUGGGUUCUUUUUAUUGAAGAAGCUCAACCUAACAGCUUUCUCCAGGCUCUCUUUUUAAUUAUUUUGGUAAACUUGCUCAGUCUCCAAGUAGAUCUUGCUUUGGAAAAUGUAUAGAGGCAGCAACACUAACACUCCACUUCCUAUUUUUGUGGACGAGAAUGGUUUCCAGUAUCCUGCUAGUGCACCUAAUCAACUUCAAUUAUUUGGAAGCUUUCCGCUUGGAUCCAAUGCUGAUCCUGUAAAUAAUUUUGUAAAUGAGCACCUGAUUCGGCACAAUAAACGAAGCAGGGAAGCUGAAGGUGUUUCCCGGCAGCAAAAGCUUCAAAUUUCCUUGAACCACAAUGUGGUUCAUGAUGACACUGAACGGCCAGCUAAUAUUCCUGGCCAGAAUCUUGUUUCAACUGGUUUAAAGUUAUCAUACGAUGAUGAUGAGCCCAAUUCUUCGGUCAGUUCUGCAAGUGGAAGUAUGAAUGCAUCAGCAUCAGUUAUGAUGUCUCUAGGUGACAACAUUAAAACGGAGCUGGAGCGCCAGAAGAAAGAAUUUGAUCAAUAUAUUAAGACUCAGGAAGAAACUUGGGCUAGAGGUGUGAGAGACAUAAAACAGAGACAUAUGGCUUCGUUGGUGACUGCACUUGAGAAAAAUGUCGGCACUAAGUUGCAAGAGAAGGAUAUUGAGUUAGAGAACAUAAACAGGAAGAACCGAGAACUGGUUGAACGAAUGAAGCAAGUUACAUCGGAAGCACAAAAUUGGUGUUAUAGAGCCAAGUGUAACGAAUCUUUAGUCAGCACAUUAAGAACGAACCUCCAGCAAGCGAUGCAGUCUGCAGAACAAGGAAAAGAAGGUACAGGAGACAAUGAGCUAGACGAUGCUGUGUCCUGCACUGAUCCAAACAAUUGGCUCAGCAUUCCUAGUGGUUCUGGGAAAGGUACAUCGGCGAAAAAAGCCAAUUUGAAGUGCAAGGUGUGCAAAUUGAAGGAGGUAUGCAUCUUAUUGAUGCCUUGUAGACACUUGUGUUUAUGUAAAGAUUGUGAAGGGUUAGUUAAUGUAUGUCCUAUCUGCCAGUUGAUGACAACUGCUGGUGUUGAGGUGUUCUUGUCUUGAAAUAUGAACAAAAUUUAAAACAAAGGCAGAAGAAAUAAUCUCAUACAGAUUCUAGAUAAUCAUUGUGGCUUUACAAUGUGUAUUUACUGUACAGAAGUAAUUUCUUGAAAUUGGGGAUUAAUUAUCAUGGUUCUUCUUGAUGCUUCA